AAGGUUCAUUAUGUUAAAAAAAAAACAAAUAUUCGGUAUAAUUUAUUAUUCUCUAUUACUGCAUGAUCGUUUAAAAAGGGCUUUCGGUAUCACCUUCUUUUGCUAAACCUUUAUUUGUACCAAUUAUAUCAGCAUAUGCUAAACAAUUUUUACCUGACUUCUAAUCCUUGAGCACAGACGUUAAAAUAUCUUGAAAGAACAAUGAAAGCAUUUUUUUUGUCCUGGUAACUUAAUGUUAAGGCGAGUUCUAAACCGAAUACCAAGAAACAUAUUUUUUGGUAUAAAAAGGUAACAAAUUCUCAAAGUUUGCUCAGUUAAGUUUAGUGAUUCCACAGCUAAGAUCUCAUCGAGAGCUACUCCCUUAUUUUUUCGCAAUUUUUUGAAAGUUCUCUUAUAUUUAUGCAAAAUGGGUGCGAUGCAAUCUAUAAGACGCACAGCGUACUCCCAAAAACGGCGUGUUAAAUAUCGUAAAACAUAUAUUCACAAACCGCUGGGACGUUGUUCAACAUUAAUCGACAUACCAAGCCACGUUGCACCUGCCGUACAACCGCAAAAACGUCAAAAGUACGACCCGACCUAUUCGAUAUGGAAGAGCGCAUUUGAAGAUAGAAACGCACGCAGCCCACGUACACUUUUGCCCAUCAAAGAGGAUAUUGCAGCUUUGCAGGAUAUUACAGAUGCCGUGGCCGGUCAAUGUACUCCCAAAGGCUUUCCAUCAUUUACAGAGUUGAGAGAAAGUAUGCGCUGUAAGAAGACACUGAAAUGCCAAGAUGUCAGUGUAGAUUUCGGAAUAAAAUUACUAAUGACAUCAGCGCUGCUGAAGCCUGAUUGCAAGCUGCAUACUGAGGAAAUAUGUGUAGAUUCGAUGGCACCUGUACCAACCAAUGAAAAAGUUGAAUCCACCGAAAAUUGUUUUCAUACUGCACUCUACCGUAGUGAUUUCAACUUCUUUAAUGAAAGUCUCUGUGAUUUUGAUAUAGAAGUUGGGGACAUGGGUAAAUGUGAGGAGAGGUCCAGCCAACUUAGUUAUUACAGCGAUUAAUAAGAUAAAUAUGCCUUACUUGUAAAGUAUUUAUAAUAUUGUUAAAAUAAUAUGCAUUUUUGUACGUUUAAUAUACAAAAAAUACCUUUUUUGUGAUGAAAGCUUGUAAAUUUUA